AUGGUAUGUGAGAAAGAGGAGCAGAAUUCUCAGCAGGAAAAUGUUGAGCAAGUGGAUAAACACAGAGCAUUAUCACAAAGAUCAAAAAGGAAUGUGUCCAGGAGUUAUGAGAAGGAAAAAUCCCGUGAGAUUCAGCACAGACCAGAAAGAGAGCAAGGACACCAGCCAGGGGAGAAAAUGGGUAAAUUUAUUUCCUGUUGGGGAACUCAGAAGAGUGUCAAGGAAACCACAACACACCAGGAAAUCCUCAUGGGAAAGAGGAAAAAUACAUGCAGUGAGUGUGGAAAAUGCUUCACUAAAAGAUCAGGCCUUUCUCAACAUCAGAGAAUCCACACAGGGGAGAGGCCCUAUGAAUGCAGUGAGUGUGGGAAAACCUUCACUCAAAGAUCAGGCCUUUCUGCACAUCAGAGAAUCCACACAGGGGAGAGGCCCUAUAAAUGCCGUGAGUGUGGGAAAACCUUCACUCAACGAUCAAACCUUGUUCAUCAUCAGAGAAUCCACACAGGGGAGAGGCCCUAUGAAUGCCAUGAGUGUGGGAAAAGCUUCACUCACAGCCCAGCCCUUUCUAAACAUCUGAGAAUCCACACAGGGGAGAGGCCCUAUGAAUGCAGUGAAUGUGGGAAAAGCUUCUAUCACAGCUCUCACCUUACUGGGCAUCAGAGAAUCCACACAGGAGAGAGGCCCUAUGUAUGCAGUGAAUGUGGGAAAACCUUCAAUCACAGCUCGCACCUUAUUGCGCAUCAGAGAAUCCACACAGGGGAGAGGCCCUAUGAAUGCCGUGAGUGUGGGAAAACCUUCACUCAAAGAUCAAUCCUUGUUCAUCAUCAUGAGAGAAUCCACACAGGCGAGAGGCCCUAUGAAUGCAGUGAGUGUGGGAAAACCUUCACUCAAAGAUCAGGCCUUUUUCACCAUUGGAGAAUCCACACAGGGGAGAGGCCCUACAAAUGCCGUGAGUGUGGGAAAAGCUUCAUUAGCAGCUCAGCCCUUUCUAAACAUCAGAGAAUCCACACAGGGGAG